CAGUGCACAAGGGCUUCAUAACAGAACAGUCGGUGGGAACACUUGAACGCACGGAGAGGGAGGAGGAGGGCUGCUAAAGAAAAAAGAAAACAAGCUUAGAGGAAAAUUGUUCGACUGAAACGAAAGUACUAAUUCGAAGUGCCAUUCGGCCCCCACCGUUACUCGUUUUCGGAGCGAUCGGCGCGAUUCGAAUGUAGUUUUGUCGACUUCCCACCGCGCCGUUCCGAGCACGGCGGCGUCCAUCCGGUAAAAAAAUAAUAUAAGUGCUGGUGGAGUCUGUCUGUAGGGGCUACUGUACGGACGGCCAGUGCAGAGCAGUUCUGAUGUGUCAAUAAGUUUGAGGUGGACGGAAGGCUGGAAUGAGAAGGCCCUGGCGUUUCGGCUGGAUUUCAGGGGUCAUCUUCAUCGCAUGAUCCAGCCUGACUGACAGAUCCAUCCUCAUCUUUCCAAUACAGUAUUUCCAUAUUCUGUGACUCUGGUCAGCAGCAGUAUGAAGGGCGGAGGUGGAGGGAAAGAACCUCCGGUAGAGGGAGAGGUCAGUGGAAAGCGACCCAAACGCAAAUGCUUACAGUGGCACCCACUGCUUGCCAAGAAAGUGCCAGACUACUCAGAGGAAGAGGAUGAGGAGGAUGAAGAGGAGCUGGAGAAGGAGCCAGUGUUAUGUGCAGAGAGUGGGAGUCAAGAAACCGAAUGUGGUGGAGUGGAAGAUGAUGGUGAAGAAUUCUCAUCUGAGCAGCGGGCUCGCCGGCCCAUGAAUGCCUUCCUGCUGUUCUGCAAACGACACCGCUCGCUGGUCCGGCAGGAGCACCCACGACUUGACAACCGGGGAGCCACUAAGAUCCUGGCCGACUGGUGGGCCGUGCUGGAUCCCACAGAAAAACAGAAAUACACAGACAUGGCUAAGGAGUACAAGGAUGCAUUCAUGAAAGCUAACCCAGGUUACAAAUGGUGUCCUGCCACCAAUAAGCCGGUAAAGAGUCCCUCCCACUCUGUGAGUAAUGCCCGCAAGAAAGUCUGGUCCCUGCCCUCCAACCCUAGCAAAGAUACUUCCGUUGCCAAAAAACAGCCCAAAACUGACAGCACCCCCCAACUUAACUUUGCCAUGGCAGAUCCCACUAAGAUGGGAGGCCUAAGCAUGCUGCUGUUAGCCGGGGAACAUGCCCUGACCGCCAGAGAGAUUUCCUCCAGCUCUUCCCAAACAGGAAGCACAGAUGUUGCUAAAAAUACUGGGAAAUCAGCCCUUUUUCAGCUGGCUGAGCAGAUUUCUUCCAGUCCAGUGCAGCCACCUGGGGGAAGUAAAAAUGCUGAGGAUACAAGCUCUCUCACACAUGUAGAGGUGAGGGAUGUUGACCAGUAUGCCGCUUCCACACUUGGGCUGUUGGUGCAAACCCAGGCCUCUGGACCAUCUCAGCCAAGCUCACCAGACCUGCCCAAAAGUUGUGUUAAAUCCCCCCUGUUUCAGCUGGCUGAGCAGAUCUCCUCCAGUAGGUCUCAAUCAGGGUCUGAGGGAAGGCAGUGUGGUCAGUCGGCUCUUUUCCAGCUCGCUGAGAUAAGUCUGGCAUCUGAGGUAGAAAAGAUGGAAGCUCAUUCCUCCCAGCCCUCAGGCGGUUCCUCGUCUCUCUGUGCUCAGCACAGCUUAAGUAGCACAUCCACCCCUGACAACAAAGAGCACAUGGACGCUGCUCAUCUUCUUCUUGACACGCCAUCAUUAUUAUCUUCCUCUUCUGCCUCUACCUCCGGCUCCACCUCCUCCUCUCCCACAGUCUCCACCCCAACUGAGCUCAGCCCAUCUAAGACACAGAAGAAGAAGAAAAAGAAGAAAGAAAAUAAAGAGUCCGAUGAGUCUGAGAAGAAUCCUGUUUCGCCCAAAAAGGUGAAGAAGCGGCAGUCGUCCGAGUCAGACCUGGACAGUGUGAUGUUCACUAUUGAGGCAGUAGCUAAAGGUACUUGGGGCUCAGAAGAGACACCCAAGAAGAAAGCUCGUCCCUCAGGAAUCGAGAGUAGCCCUGUCGAGGACCAAUCUCCACCUGUGAAGAAGAAAACUAAACCUAAACCGAAAAAACAGCUGAAGACAAAAGAAGAGGUGACGGAGGAAGAGGAAGAGGGGGAGGAAGAGACUAAUAAGCAACAGGAUGUUGAGAUGAAAACAGAUGAAGCUCCCCUGACCCCUAAGAGAGAGGGUGAGAAGGAGCCAGAUGUGAAGGUGGAGCCCCCUAGCUGUGUGGAGGAAAUAGCACCUCACUGUCCUUCUCCACCUACAAUUGAACCAGAAGAGAAAGAGACAGACACCAGCCCGCCUGAAGCCAGACAGGAGGAUAAAGAUCCAGAGGUUAAACCAGAGGCCUGUGGCUCCAGAAAGUCAGAGCGAAGCUGUAAAGGAGCGCUUUAUAAGACUCUGGUGUCUGAAGGGAUGCUCACAUCAUUAAGAGCAAAUGUGGACAGAGGGAAAAGAGGUUCCAUGCGCGGUAGUGUGUCCGAUCACGAGGGUGGCUGGAAUGAUGAGAGCUGGGUGUUUUCUCAGACCACUGCCAGCAACCCCAAAAAGCUCAAGAAGUCUAAGUCCAAAGAGGAAACCAUACCAGGACUUGGAAAGCUUGAGGAGGAGUUUGAGAAAAAGUUCAACAGUUUACCGCAGUACAGCCCCUUGACAUUUGACAAAAAGACUGUGGCGGUCACCAAGAAGAAAAAAACUAGUACGUCCAGCCCUCCUGAACCGCCCAAACCCUGCAAGGGUUCAUCCUCAUCUCAGAAAAAGACCUUAUUCCACAAGAUAGUCAACAAGUACAAACACAGGAAGGACAAAUCCAGUGCGGCAGACAAAGACAUUGUCAUACCUGACCCUGUGUCUGUGGAAACAAGUCCAGUGAAGUCUGGGAGUCCAUGUGUCUCACCCACUCAUGAGCCUCAGAAAGUUUUGGACUCGCCAGUGGGCAGUCAGAAAAGGAAGGCCAGGAAGAGUAAAAUCACACACUUAGUGCGCACAGCCGAUGGCCGAGUGUCACCUGCAGAGGAGGACAAAUCUAAGGAUCAGGCCAAGAAUCAGGAUGAAAAGCCAUUCACUCAAGAGGCAUUAUGCAAUAAAGGGGGCUGCUACACUGAUCCCAGAUCAGCGGAAGUUGAUAAGGUGGACUCGCCCAGUGGCCUCCCGGCCUUCUUCAGCUUAGCUGCUCUUGCUGAGGUCGCCGCCAUGGAGAAUGUGCACAGAGCCCAGCAUGCUGUGAGCAUCCCCACUGAAGGUCAAGUGAAGGACAUGGCCCCUGUGUUGAUCUCCUGUGCAGACCAGUGAGGUCUGCACGCCUGGUCGGGGCCCAUGUAUGGACAUGCUGGGGCCUUAUCCUUGACCCUUGGCCCUGCUGCUUGGGGGAUAGAGAGAAAGAGAGGGAGAGAGAGAGAGAGACUGGUUAGGAAUGAGGGAAGCUCUGAAAUGGAUGAAGAUGUUUUAUCCCAGAAGCCUUCACCUUCCACCCCACCCCACCCCACCCUCCCUCCCUCUCGCCCACUUGUGGCCCCUGGGGAGUCAGUCCUGCUCCCCGAGCCUGUUUUCUUUGUCAGCUCCAGACCAGUUAUCAGACUUUACAAUCUGUAAGAAAUGGCUACUAUUUAAGGUCAAGUUUUGCAUAGAAGUGCAUUUGAAGCAAGUGCUCUCUCCCUCUAUUUGUCUCUCUCUUUAUAUUUUUUCUUCAUUGCACAAACUUCUUCACAUAGCAACGUUCACGUUCUCUCAGUCAGAGGAACAUUUUGUGGCUUCCUUCUCCCCUUCCUGCUCUGAGUCUAAAGAGAGAGAGUGAGUGUGUGUGUCUGUGUUUUAAGACCUCAGCUUCAUACUUCGAACCCUAUUCAGAUUUUUUUCUGGACACCGUUUCAAUACCAUCUUCACCUUCACAAUACACAGUCGAUGCCUCUUUACUUUCAUGCAAUGUCCCUCAAUGUGUCUGGUGCCUCUGUCAGUUAAGAGAAAGCACCUAUUUGUCUCUCACAAACCUCAGUAAUAUGUCAGUGGGGAACCGGAUGUUUGUGCGAGUCGCAUUGCGGUCGCACACAUGCCUACAAGAGUUUCUGACAGACUAAAUCACCAGGUGGAAAACCAGUUGAACCUUUCAAAAUUGUGACACCAUGUCACUUUUCACUCAGUGAUUUUGCAUAGCCAGGGUCCAAAAUUAACUCUUGCAAAGCGCCAAAUGCAAAUAAAAAUUCUCCACAAGUUGGCUGCUAACUUUAAUAGGAACUGCAGUAUUACAUGGUUUAAACCGAAUUGUAACAAUGCUAGUCCAAAACUUGCGCAAUUCAAAACGAAGACGACACAAACAAACUGUAUACUAACGGAAAUAUCUGUUGCAUCUCACAGGUCUUCUAACAACUUUUAGUCUAAAUCAAUGGAACAUUUCCCAUUGUUGUCUGCAUUAAGGCACCAAAAUGAAAAUAUGAAGUUCAGUAUCGCGAUGUGUGUUUAUGUGAUAUGUGACAAGUGCAGUUUCACCAAGAGGCGAAGACAGAUAUGGUGCGAGUGACCUGCACUGUUUGCCACAAAUAGCUAAAUAAUCCCUCGAAAAUAGGGACAAAAUCAUAUUUUUAAUAAAUGUUUUAUAUUUUUAAUAAAAAAUAAUGUAAAAUACAAUUUCAAUGCAGGUAAGACAUAUUUAUGCCCGGUAAAUUUUCUCAAUGUAAUUGCCAUUGGCCAGUGUGGCGAAAAGUUAUUUUGGACCCUGUGCACAGCUGUCAAUGAGUUCGUUAUCAGAGCAGUAUGGCAAUACUUGAACGGGGAAAAAAAUGCAUUUUAUGUCAAUACUUGACCUUACUGCAGUGUGUAGCAUCUUGCUGGCUAAUCCAAAAGAGUGCUACUUGUCUCCUAAUUUAGUUUAAUAACAGACACUGCACUCAUUUUUAGCUACCGUAGACAAGGCUUUUAGAAGAUGUUGGCUUUUGUUAUAAUUAUAAUAGUGAUAUUUGUUUGUAUUUUUGUUUUGUUUAGUUUUAGUCUCAAAUUAACUUUUGUAUCGUCACUGAGAUACUCAGCCCUCAUUUUCCUCGUAGCUGAGGCAGUAGACGCUUUUCAUUCCAGCUCGAAGUUUUGCUGAUUUUUUUUUGUCCAUUCCUCCAAGCACACGGUCUAGCUGGUGGACCAACAUGGUCAUGCUUGUUAAAGGGAAAGUUCAUCCAAAAAUGAAAAUUCUGUCAUAAUUUACUCACCCUUGUGUCAUUCCAAACCUGUAUGACCUGUCUUUCUUAUACAGAACACAUAAGAUGUUUUAAUGAAUAUUCUGUACCGUCUUUUCAAUACAAUGGCAGUUCAUUGUGACUUCAAAGCUUAAAAAAGGACCCAAAGGUAUCAUAAAAGUAGUCCAUGUGACUUGUGCAUCAUAUUCCAAGUCUUCUGAAGACAUAUGAUAGGUUUUGGUAAAAACCCAAAAUUUAAGUCGUUUUUCAGCGAAAAUCUUGAUGUCUGUUGCAUGUUUAUGGGCACUAAGAGAGAAGCUUGUUCAGCAUGGCUGGCUAAUAACAAUGCUCUCACCAACAACAAGGUCAUAUGUAUUUGAGGGUGAGUAAAUAAUGACAUAAUUGUUUUUUUGUUUUUUUUUUUGUUUUUUUUGAGCUAUCCAACCCAACAUUAGCAGGUGACCAGCCACACUGUGUUUUGUUUUUCAGUUGGGAAGAGUAGAAAGGAGUUUCUCACUCAUAUACACUUUGUAUCGUGGGAGUCAACGCAUAGCGCUCUCCUGCAGUGUGCACAUCUUGUGUUUCAGGCACUUGUGAGUCAGAACCUACCAGGGUCAUAUUCUGCUCCCUGUGUUCUUGGGCUAGUUUGAACCUCAGAUUCUGCUAACUGAAACCCUCUUGAGAUUCCCAGGGAGCCUAUAUUAUAUAAAUGAAGGAAUGCUAUAAGCCAGAUCACAGGUUUAAAACCCAUCACUAGCUAUCUUACGCUGUUACAGUCACGCUUUCUCCUUUAUAACGUGAUAAUUGAUGUUCUUUUGUUUAUUUUGCUCUUAAAGUCACUGAUGUUUCUUCUAUAAAUGAUAUUAUCUGUGAAUUUAUGAACUUCUAACUAAUAAGGUUUUUUUUUACUUUUUCAAAAUACUGUAUUUAAUUACUUCCCCUAAAAAUCCUUCUGUAGGGCGAUGUUUUCCUGGCUUUCUUUGUAAUGUUUAGUUAUAAAACCUCAGCCUUUCCUGAGGUCUACUGGAUCGAGACUGUUGUCAAAAGCUCAUAUACAAAUAUCUGUGUGUGUGUAUAUAUAUAUAUAUAUAUAUAUAUAUAUUAUAUAUAUAUUUACCUAUGCUUACCUGUUAAGCCAACAAGCACUGAGAAAUAAUGCACCGCCUCUAGAUGACUAGUUCCUGCUUGUGGAAGUGCACACACGUGGCCUACGCCUGGUGUGCAAGGUGGGGCACAAGAAUUACGUCUGAAUGUACCCCCCCUCCCUGUUGUUUAUACUAUAGAGGCAUUUACUCAAAGCCAAGGGUUUAAACCUCAGUGUGUUUUAAGUAAUAGAAAGCUUGUAAUUGUGCCUGAGCAGUCGUGAGAAAUAUCGAUGUUUACCUGAAGAAUCAGGACGUAAUCACUUUUUUUAAGUGUGAUUUUAUGAAGCUAGUUACAUUUUAUAAAUCACCUUUAUGGCCCCGCUUUAGAAGCGAGUAGUAUGGUGAAAGUAUUAUAAAUUAUGAAUAAUAAGAUGCUAAACCUCCUGCUCAAUUGUGUUGAAAUCAUUUGUUUGCGAUUAUGGAUGAUUCGAAGUGUGCAAUCUGAUUGUGAAUCACCCCCUCUUCAAAAUAGACGUUAGGCUGGGAUAGCGCCAUGUGUAAUUUGACGCGAAUGAAAACUAGGCUCUUUUUAAAAAAAAUUUGUAUUUUAUUUUUUUUAUAUUUUUCAAUGUUAUGUUGGCUGAAGAUUGAAACCAUGGUACCAGUGUUGGGGAGUAGUUAACUAAAAGGAGCGGCAUUACUAACUUAACUAAGUUAUUUGGUAGCAUGAUAAUAUUUUAGCUACUUUCCAGUAACGAGCAGCAUUUUCUAGCAAGUAGUGCUGUCACAAAAUGCUUCAUUUGUCACAUUGUAUUAUGAAUGCAGUAAUGGAGCUGAACAGUCUCUCUGUACUCUCUCUGUACUCCCUCUGUACUCUCUCUGUAGCGCUGGGAAAUCCAUCUAAUUUAAGUGAAUUUUAUUCUUUUUCCUUCUUUCUUUUUUCCCUGGACAGUUCAUGUAAAUUAACUGGUUAAAAUAAACUACUCCUUUAUAUUUAGUUUUGGGAAUUUUAGUUAGUCAGUUUUAUUAUGUACGGUUUUUGUAAAUGAACUAGAUCACAUGAAUGAUUCGCUGAUUCACUUGAACCCCACAAAGCCUUACAAGGACUUUUAUUUUAAAGUAAAAUACUUAAGAGUAUAAUAGGGUGUUUUCUAGUUUAUUAGUGUUUUAAGGAUAAAUAUACAUUCAAUUUAAUGUUAUCACCCUUUAUGUUUAACACUUAUGAAAAUUAACCAUGGUUUUACUAUAGUAAUGUUGUUAAUAUCUGGUUACUAUGGUUUUACUACAAAUAUCAUGGUUAAUUUUCAAAAUGAAAUAAAUAUAAAGUUAAACUUCUGACUAAAUGAAAAACUUCUGAAUUUAUCAAAAAAAUUAAGUACUUUAGGUACCUUCAAUAUAGUUAGCUACUUUUUGUUAGUAACUUGCAGUGUAGCUUACUACUGUUUUAAAGUAGUAGCAUGACUGUAGUUUAACUUCUUUAAAUUAUGAGUAGCUUGUAGCUUGGAAAGCUACAGUUUCAAAGAAGCUUUCCCAAAACUGCAAGGUACACAACAUUACGAACCUUUGAACAAAUUGCUCAUCUAUGCCAUAUAGUCUUGUUAUCGUUCUCGUAAAUUUUAACAUGGCGUCUACCCUGCCUAAGGUCCAUGGGAGGAAUAUCUGUUCCUCGAUGAAUCAUGUUAGAUGAGACUCAAAAAGUUGAGUCCCAAAUGUUCCUUCCUUGGAAAGACGUCUUCCCUCGCGUGUUUAAGUUCUUACCAGUGAUCAGGAGAUGUUCCGUACAUGCGUACAACACUUUGUUCUCUCGAAAAUAGUCUGUAAGAGAAGUUUAUUCCGCUGAGCUCAGCCAGUGGAUCCGUCUUCAGGUUUCAGAUGUAUUACUGUAUAUCAGCACAAUUCUAAUUCUUCUAAUCUUUUCUGAUGAUUUUAUCUCUGAACUUACCUGCAGUGAGAGUGGUGUGCAAAAUGUCGGCAACUUUUAAAUGCCUAUUUUAGAAAGACAAUGUUUGCACCUUAAAUCCAUACCAAAACAACAUCACGUUCUUAAAGGAAUAGUUCACCCAAAAAUGAACAUUCUUCAAACCAGUAUGAAUUUCUUCUGUAGAACACAAAAGAUGAAGUUUAGCUAAAUGUUGACACUGCUCUUUUCCAUACAAUAAAAGUGAAUGGUGACCAGGGACUAUCCAAAAAUUGCUCCACAAAUCAGAAAAAAUAGCCCAAAAUUUGUCCUAAAAAAGUAGUCCAUACAACUCGUGCACGAUAUUCAAAGUCUUCUAAAGCCAUACAAGAGCUUUGUUGGGAGAAAAGACAGAAAUUUAUGUUGUUAUUCACUGGAAGUCUUCUCAAAUCUCAAUAACAUUUGCUUAUAUUCAAAUAUGGCACAUAUUUGUCAUGUGCCUUAACAUCAAUAUACCAAACACUAUUGGUUUUUGUCUGUCUCGUAACCAAUCACAAUGCACAAAAUUUAAAUAUGUGCAUAUUUAAUCACACAAAUGAGAUUUUCACCAAAUUUCAGUCUGCUCCUCACACAAAGCUAUUAUAUGACUUUGAAUAUAGUGUACUAGUCACUACUGGACUAACUUUAUGGUACUUUUAUGAAUUCCAUGUUUCACCUUUUACAUUCAUUGUAAGGAACCCUUUUUGGUCUACAGAAUGAUAUGGGUUUGGAACGACGUGAAGGUGAAUAAAUGAUGACAGAAUUUUCAUUUUUGGGUGAACUAUCCCUUUAAAGACUGAUCUCCCCAUCUCACCAGUGUCCCCUUCAUGAUUGUCAUUCUCAGUAGUGACCCCUUGUUCUUAUCUAGAGGGGAAAUAGAUGUAUUUGAACAAAUUGUAAUUGCUAGUGAGAAGUAUAAUGUGUUGAAUGAGAACACGCCUUAUUUGAAAGUCCCAGCAUGAUGCAUCUUCCGAAUUUGCUCAUAUCCUCUGGCCCUCAUCAUAAAGCUCACCCUUUCAUUUUCUAUUUAGAAGAUGUCUCUUAGCGAAAUGCCUCUAUGAAACUAGAAAAUUUCCUAUAUUAGCUAUAAAGAUUAUGAUGUUACCCUUUUGUGCUAGAUUGUCUCUUGAAUGUAAUCGAUUUUGUACCUGUAUUUUUCUAAUUCCAAUCCAGUAUUUCGGUGGCUUUAUAUGGAGGAAUUCUAGGCUGCUUCCUUAAGUGAAUAAUUUGUAAAAACUUCCAGUCAUCCUUACAAUACAGACCCUGACCUCUGUAGUAUGCAGUAUUUGCUCACUUCUGCUGAGAAUAGUACUGUCAACUUCAUAUCUGACAUCAAAUCAUCUUUUACGCAUUUCGACGAGAAACAUGCAAUAGCUGCAAUCAGUUGCCAAACCUUCCACAUUUCACCAUCUCAACUUGGUUUGAGUCUUAAAGGGAUAGUUCACCCAAAAAACAACUAUAUAUAUAUAUAUAUAUAUAUAUAAAAUGUUUUUUUUAAGUGAACUAUCCCUUUAAUAAUCUAAAUAUGCACCCCUUGAAUUCUGAUCAUUUUUUUUGCUCUGUACAAGAAUGUACGUUAAUGGCUUUAGAUGCUGUUGUGGCGCUGUCUUUUUAAAAGCUUACCCAAGAACCUGUACUGAUUCCUCUUAGGAGUUUAUACUCUUGUAUGUUUGGUCUAAUUAUUGUCACUAGUACUGUACAAUGCAAUGUAUGGAUCUGAUUGUUACAGCCCAGUUGUUGAUGCAGCCUUGCCUUACUUAACCCUGCGUAAAGAGGGAUCCCUUCGCCAUUGCCCUUCUCACUGAGUCUUAUGUCAUAACACUGUCUGCUGACGCAAACGUUAUUCUUUAAACACCUAUUAAAGAAACAUACAUAUGAAAUUGUCUCUUUUGUUACUUUCAAUAUGUUACAAACCCUUAGACUUUCUUUCAUGGAACAUAAAAGGAGAUGUAGGCAGAAUAUUAGUCAGCAUUCUCUUUCAUUGUAAGAAAAAAAAAAAGAUGUAAUGGAAGUGCAUGGUGACUGAGACUAACAUUCUGCCUAACUUCUCCCUUUUGUUUUCAGACAGAACAGAAUUAAAAAUUUUGGAUGUGCCAUCCCUUUAAAGGAAUAGUUCACCUAAAAAUGAAAAUUCUCUCAUUUCUCUCAAUUUUCAUUUUUUGGGUGAACUAUCCCUUUAAUAGUGGGUCUAAAUUCUGCAAAACUUGAUGGUAGACUUGGACAAUAAAUCAAUCAGUAAUUUAUUAGUCAACCAAUACAAACAUUUAUUUUUUACUGUAACAUGUUUAAAUGUUAAUUAAUCAAACACUUUUGAUCUAUAACUAGAGCUUUUUAAGUUGUUAAAGUGAAUUUACCCAUAACACAAGAAGUGGUUGUAGGUUCUGUGAUUCACCUAUUUAGUGCAGAUAGCAGUACAGUCCAAGAUGCAGGAAGGUGGAGUUAAGCACCAUGAAUUUGAGUUGGCGCUGUUCGGUGCGAAUCUACAGAACAGCAGGACUUAAACAAUGAUGAGAAUGGCAUGUUUACUGGCUGUUUGCCACCUCCUGAUCCUUAUAAGAAUGUGACAAACUGCUGUUCUUGGUCACCAGCAUGAGCCUGUAAGAAGAACAAGUGAAAUACACUCAGCACCUUGGUCUGUACACUUAAACUUGUAGUACCCCAACACCCAUUUAUUUUUUACAUUUAUUU